AUGGCACCUGAGUAUGCCAUGGAAGGACUCUUUUCUAUCAAAUCUGAUGUUUUCAGUUUCGGAGUCAUUUUGCUGGAGAUUGUAAGUGGCAAAAAGAACAAUGGUUUUCAUCUAUUGAAGCGCGGUGAAAGCCUGCUGAGUUUUGCCUGGAAACUAUGGUCCAAAGGAGAAGGAAUGGAGCUGAUAGAUCAACUCCUUGUUCCAUCCUGUGUGGUUUCUGAGGUGCUUAAAUGCGUUCAUAUUGGGCUAUUAUGCGUGCAAGCAGACCCGACAGAUAGACCGACAAUGUCAUCUGUGAUUGUUAUGUUGGCAAGUGAUACCAUAUCGCUUCCUCAUCCGAUGGAACCAGCAUUCUCGGUUGGACGUGCAGUUGCAGUGCCAAUUGAUCCAAUUUCAAAUGAUGAAGUCUUUUCGAUUAAUGAGGGCACGGUUUCAAAUCUUUUACCUCGAUGA